AUGGCGAACAACAAAGAAGCAGAAAACGUUAGCUGUCUUCAAACAAUGUCGAGAAGCAUAGGCACGGCGCCAGAAUUCAAACCCGGCGAAGACUGGAAUUUAUAUAUCGAACGGCUCGAUCAAUUUUUUAUAGCCAAUUUUGUCGAAGAUGGACGAAAAGUAUCAGUACUAAUCACAGUAAUCGGAGCCGAGACGUACAAAGUGUUGAGGGAAUUAUGCGACCCUAUCUUACCAAAUACUUUAAAUUACGAGCAAGUCUGUAAUACGCUUAGGAAACAGUUUUCACCUAACCAUGAUUGCAAUUUUGGUAGUCACCUCUUAGAAAAACUCAAAGAUAAAUUUGUCACGGGGCUUCAAAAAGGUCCAAUAUUGGACAGGCUAUGUGAAGAGGAGCCAGACAAAACUCUUUUCGAACUCGUGGAGAUCGCCCAAAAACGGGAAGCAUCAAUCUGGCAAUCAAAAGAAGUUUCCUUUCCCAUAAACAAGGUACAACAAACUCAUCAUAAGUCAAGGGCAGCCAAAGAGCGAGGAGCGGCGUGGCGCCAACAGAAUCAAUCCAAAAACAACCGGUCAGAUUCAAACCAACAACAACCACAACGCGACAACACAAAGAACAAUAAAAAUUCAUGUUUUCACUGCGGUAAGCCAAAUCACGACUUCAUUAAUUGUAAGUAUAAAUCAUAUAAGUGUAAAAUUUGUUCUAAGAUUAAGCCUGAUACUAAACCAUUUCAAGAUGCUCACAUACCCCCUGAAUUAAUAGCAGUUGAGCCUAUUGGUGAAUUUAAUGCAAGUAUUAAAUAUAAAGACAAAAGUGUCAGAGUAAAGUUAUUAGUAGUUAAAAGUUCACUUAAUUAUUAUCCUUUAUUUGGUAGAGACCUUAUGAAACUAUUUAACAUUUCUUUAGUACAAAAUUGCAAAAACAUUAACAGUGUAGAAAGUAUGAUAAAUGAAAAAGUUAAUCAACUAGUUAACGAAUUUAAGGAUAUUUUUGACAAUAGACUAGGAGAGUACAAAAAUUUUGAAAUUCAUUUAGAACUAAACAGUAAUGUAAAUCCUAUUUUUUGUAAGCAUCGCGCUAUACCCUUUGCCUAUAAAAUCGCCGUUGAAAAGGAAUUAGACAAGUUAGAAAAGGCUGGUGUAAUUAGAAAAAGUGAUAAUUGCCAAUGGGGAACACCCCUUGUCCCUGUGUUGAAACCCAAUGGAGAGUUGAGACUGUGCACAGAUUAUAAGACCACUAUCAAUAAACAUAUUAAAGAUAUACAUUAUCCCUUUCCCAAAAUUGAGGAGUUAUUUGCAAGCGUACAAGGUGGUGAAAAGUUCUCUAAGUUAGAUUUUAAAAAUGCAUAUAACCAGUUAAAGGUAGAUUCACAAACAAGCAAGUUAUUAGCAUGGAGCACGCAUAGAGGUGUGUAUGAAGUUUUAAGAUUACCCUAUGGCGUCAAACCUGCAACAGCCAUCUUUCAAAGAGAGGUAGAAAAAGUAUUCAAAGAUUGUCCCUUUACAGCUAAUCUGUUGGAUGAUUUAAUUGUAACAGGUAGGAAUGACAAUGAACACUUAGAAAAUUUAAGGGAAGUUUUUAAGCGUUGUAAAGAAGCUGGAUUUCAACUUAAUAAAGACAAGUGUCAGUUCUUUAAAACCCAAGUCGAGUACUUAGGACAUGUAAUUGAUAAAGAUGGGUUAAAAACAAGUAAAAAAAAAGUAUUAUGUAUUUCAAAUAUUCCAAUUCCUAAAAACGUUACCGAACUAAAGUCUUUUUUGGGAAUGAUUAAUUACUAUGGUAAGUUCAUAAAAAAUUUAUCAACUAUAUUAGCUCCACUUCAUAAUCUACUUAAAAAAGAAAUACCAUUUAUUUGGAACGAUCAAUGUUCAAAAGCUUUUGUCAAGGUAAAAGAGUUAUUAGAAUCUGAUCAAAUUCUAACACACUUCAAUCCUACUUUACCCAUAAUUUUAUCAUGCGACGCAUCUCAAUUUGGUGUAGGAGCUGUCAUUUCUCAUAAAUUUCCAGAUUCAUCUGAGCGACCCAUUAGCUACGCAUCACGCACUUUGACUAGUGCUGAGAAGAACUAUUCUGUUAUUCACAAGGAAGCGUUAGCAAUUAUUUGGGGAAUAACUAAAUUCUAUCAAUACUUAAAAGGUAGAGAAUUUAUUAUUAGAUCUGAUCACAAACCUCUGAUACCAUUACUUGGAGAAAAUAAUCCAAUUCCUAAAAUGGCAUCAGGACGAUUACAAAGAUGGGCAUUUUUUCUUUCUGGAUUUAAUUAUCAUAUUGAGUACAUUAAAGGCUCAACAAACACCAUAGCAGACAGUCUGUCUCGCUUACCAUGUCCAGAGGGUGAUGCACAACUAACUAAGGUAGGGGAUAACACUGAUGUUCUAAACUGGGUAGAAGGAUAUUUACCUGUUAGUUUUUUUCAGAUUAAAGCUGAAACAGCUAAAGAUAAAAUUUUACAAAAAGUAAUGUGUUAUUUAAAUAGUAGCUGGCCUAAAGAUAUACCUGAUGAAUUAAAACCAUUUUACAAUAGAAAAGAUGAAUUAGUGGUAGAAGAUAAUAUAUUAGUGUGGGGUUACAGAUUAAUUAUACCUUAUAGUCUUAAGGAGUUACUUUUAAAAGAAUUACAUAGUUCUCACCUUGGCAUCGUUAAAAUGAAAUCUAUGGCUCGUUCAUACUUUUGGUGGGCAUCUAUAGAUUCUGACAUUGAACGUACAGCCAAAAGUUGCACUUUAUGCUUAGAAAGUAGACCUGAACCACAAAAAUGUAUUCUAACUAAAUGGCCAAAAUCACUAUAUGUCUUUGAGCGCAUUCAUAUGGAUUAUUUAGGGCCAAUUAAUAAUAAAAUGUUCUUAAUCAUAAUUGAUUCUUACAGCAAGUGGCCAGAAGUAUUCGAAGUAGCCAACGCUGAUACAUUUAAUACAUUAGAGAAACUUAAAGAAACAUGUGCUAGGUUUGGUCUACCUGACACUAUAGUUUCUGAUAAUGGUACUCCCUUCACAUCCAAUGAGUUCAGUCAGUUUUGUAAAACUAAUGGUAUUAAUCACUUGACCUCCCCUCCAUUCCACCCUGCUAGUAAUGGUGCAGCAGAGAAUGCCGUCAAAAACUUCAAGUUAAGUUUCGGUAAAAUUAUGAAAGAAGGUAAAAUGUCAGUUCACUCAGCAAUACAGAAAUAUUUAUUUUUCUACAGGAAUAGUGAGCACAGUACAACUGGUUAUACUCCAUCUAAUCUAAUGUUUAAGAGAGAUGUUAGAACCAGAUUUGAUAGGAUAAGGAAUAGUGACAAAAAUAGUGACAAAGCAACUAAUAGAGAGAUCAGGAAUUAUAAAGGCAACGUAGCCAAUAAAACAUUUAAGGUUGGAGAAGAUGUGUAUAUUAGAGAUUACAGUAAACCUAAUAAGAAGGGUUGGAAAGCAUGUAUGAUUGAUGAACAGCUAGGAAAGUCUGUAUAUAUCUGUAAGGAUAAAUUUAACAACAGCUAUUUCAAAAGACAUGUUGACCAAAUCAUAAAAGUAGGCUCAUUCUUUAAAGAGGUAGGACUAAGCAAAAAGAUUAACGAUUAUGACAACAAUAACAACUAUAGUGAAAAAGAGAAUAGCAUUAAAGUACCAAUAGAGAGCGAAAGAAACAAGAUAGUGCCAUUUGAAACUGGUAUUGAGGAUAAUAAUGAGACAACACUUAUGCAAGAAAUAACAAAAGGUCCUGAGACAGUUGAAUGUAUUAAAAAUCAAGGUAGCAGACCUAUAAGGAAAAUUGUCAAACCAAACAAAUUUAAAGAUUAUGUGUGUUAA